UGAGAUUAGGGCAUUGACGGAAAUUCAACACUGCAAUAUUGUGAAACUUGUGGGCUUUUGUUCGCAUCCACAACACUCAUUCUUGGUGUAUGAGUACUUUGACAAAGGAAGCUUGUCUACAAUCUUGAGCAAUGAAGAAGAAGCUAAAGAGUUGGACUGGAACAAGAGGGUGAAUAUAGUAAAAGGCGUGGCUCAUGCUUUAUCUUAUAUGCACCAUGAUUGUAUUCCUCCAAUCGUUCAUCGAGAUAUUUCGAGUAACAACAUUUUGCUUGAUUCGGAGUACGAGGCACACGUUUCUGAAUUUGGCACAGCUAAGCUUCUUAAGCUGGACACAUCAAACUGGAGCGCAGUCGUUGGCACAUAUGGUUACGUAGCUCCAGAGCUUGCUUACACAAUGAAGGUGACGGAGAAAUGCGACGUGUAUAGCUUUGGAAUAGUGGCCAUCGAGGUGAUCAAAGGAAGACAUCCAGGUGAUAGCCUUUCAUCUUUAUUAGCUCUGGUCGACAUGGAGAUCUCGGUAGUUUUAAAGAAUAUAUUGGAUUCACGCCUGCCAACGCCCACGCCAGGCAUUGAGGAUGAACUUCUGACCAUCCUAAAGUUUGCAGUCGCUUGCAUAUCUGCUAAUCCCCAACUCAGGCCGUCGAUGGAAAUGAUUUCUGAUGCGCUAUCUGCUCGUUCAACCCUUUUCGAUGGAGUUAAAAAAUCACAGAAGCCCACAGAUCCUGUGAGAGAUGCAACAAAUUCAAGCCGUGAACUGGAUCAAUUUGUAGAAGAUAUCGUCUGAUAAACGAUUUUACUCUGUCAACCACAUGCAGGAAGGAGAAAUAUUUUGACCGGAAACAAAGUUACGUGUUUAGCGCGCACCAGCAUGAGGAUGAGGACUACGUGUCCUUCAUGCCCAAGUAAGCAUAGAACUGCCUUUUCUUUUGGAAGGAGCAAAACCUGAAGUUACUAGCAUCUAGUUUCAUUUGGAGAGAGAACAGCUGAACUCGAGAUAUUUCAAACUGUUUAUGUAUCUAGUAUUAUUCAGACUAGUGUCGUCGCAGCAAAUGCUAUAUAUCCAUGUCUAGUUAGAGUUAGAAAAUAUGGCUUUCGAGUCAGUGUAAAGUUGCUUAUGUAUCCAGUGUUAUCAUCUCGAGAGCAAAAUAGUCGCAGUGGAAUAUUUAUAUUAA